UCUAUAACAACACAUGCAAUGCAUUAGUUUGCUCAAAAUGCUGCAUCACGGUUGGUUAUCUGUGGGAAUGUUAAUAUUUACUGUCGGUAUCAUCGAAGAGCGACUAGUUCGAUUUGACUAGUUGACUGGCGAAUUCGUAUCAUCUCCAGUACCAUCCAGUACUCCAGUGAAGAUAUACCUUGAAACAUGAAUUUACAAACAUUCGCUGUUUUUAUCAUGACUUGUCACUUCACGAGAGGGAAUAAAAUGGUAUUGUUCGAUUUCACGGAUGUGCAAAGUGUAGAUGAUUGGCAGGAGAUGUCCGACACUGUAAGAACAGUGGGAAAAUCCAAAGCUAUCCUGACACUGCAGACGAGCCAGCUCUUCCAGAGAGCAAUCCUCUUCACGCUGCUGAAUCCACAGCCGAACGGCGCUGGUUUCGCCGGCGUCAGGAAGCCGAAAAAUCUGAAUUUGUCAGAAUUUAAAAAUAUUGAGAUUACUUGCCGGGGACAAGGACAAAAUAACCACUACAAAGUGUCCCUAAGACAUCGAGGACAGCACACCAACAAAGAUCUCUGUUACGAACAAUUCUUCACGGUAUCGAUGUCGGAUGAAUUUUCCACUGUGGUUUUACCUCUGAAAGACUUCAAACCUUAUUAUCGUGGACGUGAGUUUCCAGACGAGGAACCUCUAGAUACAGCAAAUAUCACUAUGUUCGAAUUUCAAAUUUACGGGGGCGUUUAUCUACCCAUCAAACAACAUGGCGUAUCAGCGUUAGAGAUAGAAACCGUAGCAGUUUCCUCUUAAUAAUUAUUCUGAUCUUCUAGUCAUGACAGAAAGGUAUAUCUCCUGAAGAAUUUUUAUUUAUGUACACAUCAAAUGUUUACAUUAAUAUAAAUAACAGACAUACAUAACGAAUAUUUUAUAUUAAAAAUAAAUAAUUUUUUUUGUAUCUUCACGAUUGUUAACAAAAAUCAACUUUUUAAAAGUGUAAAUUUUUAUAAACACCUUUUGAAUACAUCUCUCGUUGUUUGUGCACGAAAACAAAAUGGAAUGAAGAUAUCGUAUUAAAACAAUAAACAGUGCUAUUAAUAUUA